AUGUACGUCAGAACACUAUUGUUGGAAAUCACAGAUGCCAAAUUAAAGGAUAAAAAUGACACCGAAAAACAAGAUGGCGGUGAUAAAUGUGCCAACCCUGACCCCAACGAAAUUAACAAUGGCAACCCGAUAUUUUUGAAUAGGGACAUGAUAAUCGUCAGGCUCUUGACCUUAGUUGACAUUCCUGUGCUAGAGGGCCUGUUGUCUUGGGAAAAUGAGCAAAGAUGUAAAAUAACGAAGGACCAAUUUCACCAAGUUCCCGAGGAUGAUAUUUAUCGCCAGCAAAAUGAUAGCAAAUGUAACAUGCUGAGCUGUUCCAACGUCGACAGGGAUGACAAAGAUUUGGAACAAAGCUACUCGAUAAAUGAUCCAUAUUCUUGCAAGGAUGAAUGGUCAAAUUGCGCCCUCAAACUUCUGCACAAGGCCUGUAUAUACGAUAAUUUUUUAGAUGUCAACGAAAACAACUAUGAUAACGAUCCUAACAGUACUAUACCCCGCGAAAAUCUGAUGACGGAAUCGGAGAUUAUCCUCAAAAUGCAACUCUUUCAUACCAUAUCAGAGUAUUACGAAGAUACCGAAUGGCGAUCGCUAUACUGA